AUGGCCACAAACACAGUCGCAGAGUCCGCCACAACAUCCAUCAUGGAUCCAUCACGCCAAGGCGACGCUAUUGAGAUGUCCUCGCUGAGCCAAAGUCGACUCAAUACAACUGAAGAUUCAGCGGGAAACGAGGAAGAACCACCAGAGAAUGCCACGAGUGCAAUUCCUGAUGGCGGAUAUGGCUGGACAAUUGUCGCAUCGUGCUUCACUCUACUCUUUUGGAUAAAUGGAUACACUACGGCAUGGGGAGUGUUGCAAGCUGCCAUUGUUCAAUCGCCUCGACUCCAUACUAAUAUUCGAACCAUUACAUUUGUUGGGAGUUUGUACAUGGCUUGCAUGGUCGCGUUUGGCUUGAUAUCGGUCAGGUUGUCAAGAGAAUAUGGCAUCCGGAUCACCAGUCUCGUGGCGACAAUCUUCUUUGGAUCAGGCUUGAUCAUCACCAGUUUCACUCUUGAGCAUCUCGCCGGGCUUUUCUGUAUCGCCGGGCUACUCGUCGGGUUGUCAACGUCGCUGCUCUACACUGCGACAAACACUAUGCCCACUCAAUGGUUCAGCCGUAAGCUCGGUACAGCUAAUGGGAUCGUCAAAGCUGGAGGAGGUGUUGGCGCAACUGUGCUUCCUUUGGCAACCCAAGCGAUGAUCGACAAGGUUGGGCUUCAGUGGACUUUCCGAAUUCUCGGUGUUUCGAUUCUUGUGACAGGAAUACCGUGUGCCUAUCUCCUCACAGAGCUUAGGCGUGGUGCAACAACCUCGAGAUUCGACUGGUCACAGCUGAAGAGCAUGCCAUUUCUAACUCUCACCAUGUCGGGCGCUGUCGGAGUCUUCGCUCUCUUUGUGCCACCGUUCUUCUUGCCAGUAUUCGCGAGGUCGAUUGGUCUCUCGGCUUCGACAGGCGCUGGCCUCGUCGCAGGCUUCGGUGCAUCCACAGCCGUUGGUCGUCUCUUCGGAGGAUGGAUCUGCGACCGCAUGGGUGCUUUCAACUCUCUGGCUCUUGCAGCUCUUAUUAACAGUGUGUCCAUGCUAGCAAUCUGGCCCGUCAGUUCAUCUCUCCCCCCACUCUUCGCCUUCGCCAUUAUCAACGGAUGUGCGAACGGGAGCUUCUUUGUUGCACUGCCGACAGCUGUAGCUGCACUUGCGCCCGGAUCAGCUGCUGCGUCUAUCAGUCUCAUGACGUCAUUCUGGACACCAGGAUAUUUGAUGGGCGCGCCUUUGGCGGGGAUUUUGAUUGAUGCUGCGGGCGCGUCGGAGGCUUCGUCGAUUGAGCCUUAUAGAGCGGCCAUCUUUUACGCGGCUGGUGUUGGGUCUGCUGCCACGUUUUUGAUCGUCGUGUCGAGGCUUAUGUUAAGUAAGAAGUUGAUCAAGAGGUUGUAG